AUGUUUGAAAGAAAAGAAUUUAAGGCUAUUGUUAAAAAAAAGGUUUAAUAAAAUCAAGAUUAAGAAUUCAUAUUCAGUAUUAAGAGAAAAUUAGGAGAUUAAUCAUAUGAUAAUAUUUGUACUAUUUAAUGAUUAAGUUUUUUAGAUUUAUCUAAUGAAGAAGAAAUUAUGCAUUUCAUCAAUUCUAGAAAACAAAAAAAAUUAAAUCUAGAUGAUAUAAUCAAUUAAACUAAAAAUUUAUCAAUCAAUGAUGAAACAUAAAAGAUGUUAAUAUAAUAUUAAAUUAAAAAGGUUUGUUUUGGAGAAACUUAAAUUAGAUUCUGUUCCUUAAUAUUGCGAAGAUAUUUAAUAGAAAAAUAUUUUAUAAGUUAGAAGAGAAUAAUUUGUAGAUAAAUUUAGAAAAGACAUAAGAGAUAAAAUAUUAUAAGAAAAUAGAAAUAAAGUGAUAAUUAUAAUAUUAAAUCUAGUUAAUUAUUCAAUUAGAAUAGGAUAAAAACAAAUUAAAAUGUUGUGAAAAUUAAUAAGGUUAAGAAUCAGAAUAAGAUUAUUAUAUAAUGAAGUAAGUUAAUAAGAAUUAAAUUAAUCAAGAAAAAAAGAGUGCUUUAAUGAACAUUGAUGCUAAAUAAAUAGAAAAAUAUUUUGAUAAUUAUUAUAUUGAUAGUGAUCACAAUUUAAGUAUUGAUAGUGAAGAUUCUUAAAGAACUGAUUAAGAUGCAUAUGAAUAUCCAGAUAAUGAAAGUUCAAGUAAUGAUGAUGCAGAAGUAGAAGAAGAUUACUAUGAAAAUAACAGUGAUGAUUCUUAACAUUAUAAAAAAUAUUAGAGAAAAGAUAUUUAAGAAAAAGAUGAUUAAAUUGAAAUUGAUGAAUCAUCAUAAUAAAAUUAAGGAAUCUAAAUUAAUUAAGCAUAAGCUUUUAUGAGUUUCAUUAAAUAACAUGAAGUCUUAAAAUAAGAAAAACAAUCUUGGAAAACAUUUGACUAUGAAAAAGAUUUUUGA